AUGGAGUGUUUGAGAUAUCUUGAGAGUUGCAUGUCAUCGCAAAAUGAGGCCACGAAGAUGGAAAUUGAAGACAACAAAGAAAUUUUCAGCAGAGAAGAUGCUGUAUCUAUUUGAAAUAUGUGUGUGAAAAUCAAUAGUAAAGCAAAAAUUCAAAAUAAAAAAGAAGUGUUGGAAACAAUCGCAAAUUUAAGGAAAAAAGCAUGUGAAGCGCUUGGAAGUUUUAAAGAUCAAGCUGAAAUGGAUAAGUUUUGGCUGAGAACUGCCAAGGCUUACAUGGACUGCUCAUUGUGAGAAAAAGCAGAAUACUGCUUCAGCAAAGUAUCCCUUUCUAAUCCUGAUAAUGAGCUCUCAUUCAAUUAUCAUUUGUGAAAAACUCAGCUGGAUUUCCUAAAAUCAUCCAUCAUUCCUUCCGAUUUUUCCACUCUUUAUAGCCUCUCUGAAACUCUCCCUCAUGAAAAAUUUAGACUGGCAAGAUUUCUUUAUUGCGAAAUAUGUAAAUAUUUGCAUGUUUCAAAACAAUAUGCACAACUAAAAGAGCUUCUUUUCUUAUGCCAAAAAAUUUGCCAAAACUCCAGCUUAGACAGUUUACUUGAAAUCAGCAAUAAAUCUAAGGUUCUUCUCUGCCAAGUUUACAUUGAUUUGAUGGAAAUUGAUAAAGCUUCUUCAAUAUUGGAUUCUUUACCUUGUGACCAAAAUUUCCUUUUCCUUAAACUGAAAAUUAACCUGUGUAAAGACAACUUUAGUGAAACUCAAGACAUUGUAUUUGAAAUGAUUGGAAUUUUAAAAGAAGAAAGUUUGCUUCAAGCUGUUGAUAUCAUGAUAUCAGCUAAUAAGCUUGUUGAUUCAUGCAAAGCGUUAAUGACAAUCUCUGAAGCUUUUUCAACAGGUGCAGUCUAUUUGAAGUGGUUUCAGAUACUAUUUUCCCUAUAUGUAAUAAAUGGGACCUAUGAUGAAAGUUUGCCUUAUUUGAACAUUAAUGUAGUAAUUUCAAAGCUUAUGCUUUGCGAAAACAAAGAUGUAGAAAAAAUAAAAAUCUUGCUCUGAGAUUACGCACAAGAGCUAUAUUAUAGAAACCGAUCUGAAAUUGCCUUAGAAAUGAUCGAAAAACAUUAUUUUUCUAUAAUUUCAAAAGAAGAUGAGCACAAAUCAUUUGCAUUAAGUAUUAAUUUUUAGCAUGCUACCCCUCCAAGCAUAUGCAUGACCCAUCCUUUUAACUCCCCAUAUGUAGCAUCACGGGGGCAAUUGCAACUUCGAUAACUCAAAAGUCUGGCCAGAAGACCGUCACAGGAUUCAUUGCCUUGCUCUUACUUGGGCUUGGUCUAAGGGUCUUCCUCAUCAGAAGUAUUAAGCCGUAAGAUCCUAUACGUCCUUUAGCCAAAGAACCAGGGUGCUUUAGCCUGCGCAUUGGUGUUACUGAUAUAGAUCCCAGGAAAACUGAGCCUUGUAAUAAUAAAAUUGCAAAAAAGAAAAAAUUUCGAAGAGAACUUAUUCUAGCAACUUCAUUUAUUAUUAUCGAUGAACACAAAUCACUCGAAUUUUGCGCUAUGUGCUACUUGCGCAUAAAUGAUCCUUUAAAUGCUAUUAAUAUUCUUCGUGAGCUUGAACAGACACCAAAUGUAAUAUUUUUAAUUUUCAAAGCCAAAAUUUUGAUAGGUAAUACUGAUAUUGAGAGAGAGAGAGAGAGAGAGAGAGAGAGAGAGAGAGGAGAGAGAGAGAGAGAGAGAGAGAGAGAGAGAGAGAGAGAGAGAGAGAGAGAGAGAGAGAGAGAGAGAGAGAGAGAGAGAGAGAGAGAGAGAGAGAGAGAGAGAGAGAGAGAGAGAGAGAGAGAGAGAGAGAGAGAGAGAGAGAGAGAGAGAGAGAGAGAGAGAGAGAGAGAGAGAGAGAGAGAGAGAGAGAGAGAGAGAGAGAGAGAGAGAGAGAGAGAGAGAGAGAGAGAGAGAGAGAGAGAGAGAGAGAGAGAGAGAGAGAGAGAGAGAGAGAGAGAGAGAAAUCUUUAUUACUUAAAGGCCUUUAUUUCAGGGCCAUGUCCCGAUUAAAAAUUUUUUAACUUUCUUCUUUUCCUAAAAUCUUUGGAUAAAAUUUUAGUAAAAUUUUCUGAACCCACGUAAUCCGCGAUUUUUUCGAUUUCUGAGUCUGAUAUGAAUUUUCUAUAUCUGAUGAAAUUUGAAUCUGAUCUAAAUUUUAUUUUCCUGAUAAUGUUUGAUUCUGAUAUCAAUUUUAUUUUUCUGAUAAAAUUUGAAUCUGAUCUAAUUUUUUAUUUUUCUGGUGUUUAGGAUUUUCUUAUCGAUUGUCUUCUUAUCAUCAAUGAUCACCUCAGUCUUCCUAUAUUUGAAGGUUUCCUGAAUAGGAUCUAUUUCAUCUAGUAUUUUUCCAUCUAAACGACUUAAAAACUCCAAUAUUUUGUCAUCUGUAUCAACAUUUUCUGCAUCACUAUCAUUUCAUUCAUACUCUGAUUCAGAAUUAUCAAGUAAUCCUGUAUCAAUAAGUUCAUUUAAUAGUAAAAGUUCGAAAAAUUCAUCCUGUAAAGCUCCGUUUUCUUCACAAAAGGAAGAAGAAUAGGAAACAUUACUUUCCGAAUCUUCCAUUAAAAUAAAAGUACUGAUAUUGAAGAGAUUAAAAAACUUUUAAAAAAUCAUGAAAAACCACUUGAGGUGUUAAAGUUAAGUUAAUUUAAAGUAAUCCAUUAGCUAUCGCUCACCUUGGCUCCAAAUUCGCCCCUUUUGAAUUUCCGACCUAAGCCACUUGUCAAAGAGACUAACUCCCUAGGCAGAGAUCCUCUUCAGAGUGCCCAAUUGUCCCGAUAAGAGAAAAACAUGUGAUAGGCUAGCCUAUCUGGUAGGGAGAGGAAAACCUUCGGGGAGAGUCAAAAUUUCCCUUUACCGCAAAGUAUCCCCAAACCUCAAGGCGGCAGAGACCCUGUUUAGGCUUUAUCAGGAUGGGUCAUACCUACUUCACAGGGAGUGUAUAGAGCUCAAUUUCUCUCAAUGUCACCAUUUUAUUUCAUGAUGUGAUAAAAGAAUUAAUUAACUCUGAUAUUCCAAAUAUUGAAUCUUUACUGGAAGAUUUAAGCGAGCUAAUUAUUGAUUGCCUUGAUAAAGAAGCUGAUAUUCAAGGAAUUUUAUAUUUACUCUGCGAAAAAUCAAAUACUGAAGGUGCACUGCUAAGUUUUUUACCAAUUGCCUUAAAUAAGCUUUCUGGAGACAAUCUUAAAUGAUUUUUCUGUAAAGCUUGAAAUUCAGGUAUUUCAGCAUCAUCUGCAAAAUUAUCAUACACUCUUAUGAUCCUUUCAGUGAAAAUUGCUGAAAAAGGAGGCUUCCUAAAUUCUAAUGAAGGGGUUCAAGCAAUCUUAGGUGCUGCGAUUUCUGCAAUAAAAAGUGAAUCUUUAGACCAGCUAGCAUAUAUACAAGGAUAUUUAAAUAGCAUACAGGGGCAUGACCAAGAAAUCGCUUUAUUAGACUUUGAGAUAUUUUUGUUGACUAAUCAAGGUAACUAUGAUGAAUAUCUGUUAAGUCAUUCUAUUAAUUUCUAUCCUUAUUUCGCAUCAAUUGCUUUAGAAAAGUCAAAAAAGGAUUUGGCAAAGAAGUGCCUCCAACUAUUAGUGCAAGCGAAUUUUGAUAAAAAGGUCCAAAUUUCUGCAAUUAAGCAAUUGCUUUUGCUAUCAACUACAUUCGAAGAGACUGAAGACUAUCUCAUAAAAGCUAUAGAAAUUUUAUCCCAAUGGCCUGAAAUUCAAAGCAAUAGAUUGGAACUCCAAGCAGAGUCUGAAUGGCUUCUCGCUACAUCUGUAAACAGCGGAAUCAAAGCAUACAGUCUUUCCCAAAUUCACAUUUCAGAAAGAUGGCUAUUUUAUGCUUUAAAAAUGGCUGAAAUUUCUCAUGAUUUACUCGAAACGAAAAUUCAUGAUCUUUAUAUAGAAGUUUUAAAUCAAAAAAAUAAUUUGUUAAAGUUUUCAUAA